GCAGAAGCGCUGGAGCUAGAGAGGCAGGCCGCGCUGGAGGCGGGAACAGGAGAGGCAGAAGGCGCUGGAGCUGAGAGGCAGAAAGCUUUAGAGCGGGAACUGGAGAGAGGGAGAAAGAUAGGGAGGAAAGGCAAGGGCUUUGCACAAGAAAUAAUUGAAAGGGAGAAAGCCCUUGAGAAAGAAAGAGCUAUGGAGAAAGAAGAGUGGAGAGGGAAAAAAGCUUUGGAACGUGAGAGAGAGGAGAAGGAAGGGCUUUAGAACAGAAGGCCCUGCAGAGAGAAAAAGAGAGAGGAAGAGUGUUUUGGAACAAGAUAAGGAAAGGGCUAUGGUGGCUGAGAGGGAGAGUCAUCUUCCUCCAUGGAAACGUGGUCGUGAGAUUGGUCUUACCCCCCUGCCCACUCCUCCCCUCUCCACAGGAGCAGGUAGAAUGGCGGCAACAGAGGAGGGUGGGGAGCCCCACGUGCCAUCCCUACCCCAAACAGCAUCGAGAGACAACCAGCCAGCUGAAUCUGGUACGCCCCUGUCACCAACUAUAGCAACGCCUCUGUCACCCCAGUCCUCCUUCAAGAAGUUCCGUUUCUUGAGAGACCCCCCAGUUCUGUCCCCAUCUUGCUCUGCAUCCCUGGUCAUCAAGAGGCCCCCCCGUACAUUCUCUGACAGCCCCCAUCCUCAGGCCUCAGCUUUCCAGUCCCCAAGAAAACCUGGGGAACAAGAGCAGGAAAGUACUCUGCAGGGGCCCAAGCUUUCUGCUGGACAGGCAGCAUCACAGAUGCCUGCAAGACAGGGGUUCCUUGUUUCUGGACCAACUGCAGCAGACACGUCAGACACGACCAGGCCAGAGACCCCAGUGAUUGCCACACCAGGAAAGAGUCCUGAAGAAGAAAAGGCUAAGGCGCUUGUGUCAGAGGAGCAUGUCCUAGCAGAUAAGGAGACAAACAAACAGGAAGUGGGAGAGAUAGCCAGAGGCACUAAAGGGGUGGAUGCAGGAAACGUCCCCUCGGGUCCAGCAGGAUCUGUGGUACCUCCCUCACCCCCACCGGAAGAGGGCAAUGUAGACCGGGGAAGGGAGAGAAGUCAAAAGAAACAAGAGAAGCGGGGAAGACGAGCGUCCUCAUCUAGUGACUCCUCAGAUUCUGACUCUGGGUCAUCCUCCUCACGUUCGUCUGGUUCAUCUUCGUCCUCCCAGGGCAAAACCCGCACCACUCCCAGUGGUAGAAAGCAUGAGAAACCUCAGACAAGAACCAUAUCCCAGGAUAAGGAGACAGUUAGUCAACUUGAGGAGUCAAAGGAGUUCCCAAAAGCCCCCCAGCGCAAAAAUCGAGUAUCUGGGGAGAAGGACAUGACUAUCGAUGGAGCCAGACACGGCAAGAAACCGUUCGUUGGAAUACCUGCUGGACAAGUCAAUGAGCAGAAGAAGGACAGCGAGGGAGAGGAGGAAAUGACAGACACUACAAGGGAGGUGAAGGAGGCUGCCAUGGCUGAGCCUGAGCGGGCUCCUGAGAGCAGUGAGGAGAGUCUGACACCAAAGGCAUUCACAGCCCGUAGGAUCUCCCUUAGCAGCAGCAAGGCCUCUCCAGGUGUCGUCAGUGCAGAGGGCGAGGCAGAGUCUGGGGCCGGGCCCGGGAGGAAGAGGAGGUGGGGUUCCAGCACUGCGGUCACAGCCAGGAAACUAUCCAUCAGCAUCACCACAGACUCUCUGAAGUCUCUGAUCCCAGACAUCAGGCUGAGUCCAGGACAGGAGGCGGUGGUGGAUCUGCACCCAGAGGAAACUCACCUCUCUGGGGGAGAGGAGGACAGGGAGCAGGGCGAGCAAGACUUCAAGAUCAGACGCACUGUCACACAGGUGGUCCUGUCCGAGACCCAGGAGAAUGGACCGAAGGAGUCCAAGAGGAGUGAAAACAUAGAAGACAGAGAGGAUGGAGUGGAGGUUAAAAGCGACAGAGAGGAGAAGAUGGACGACUCAUUCCAGAGAGACUCCAUAGAGACACGAUCCCCCUCUCCCCCCAUCCAUGACAUGGAGAUGAACACAGUGACCCCAAGUGACACCCUGAUCCGUCGCUCCAUCAGCCAGCAGAAGUCUGGCGUGUCCAUCACCAUAGACGACCCUGUCCGCACGGCCAAGCAGCCCUCUCCUCCACGAGGCAAAGUGUCCAACAUCGUCCACCUGUCCAACCUGGUUCGGCCGUUCACCCUGGGUCAGCUGAAGGAGCUGCUCAGCAGGACUGGCACCGUGCAGGAGGACGGCUUCUGGAUCGACAAGAUCAAAUCUCACUGCUACGUCACCUACUCCAGUGCAGAGGAGGCAGUGGCCACUCGUGCAGCACUACAUGGGGUGAAAUGGCCUCAGAGCAACCCCAAGUUCCUCAGUGUGGACUUCAGUCAGCAAGAGGAGCUUGACUUCCACAGAGGCUUGCCACCCCCUGGGGGGGCUGGCGAGGAGGAGCGGGGGGCUUCGUCGGUGCCUGGCCGAGGUCGGGGGGCGGCCCUGCCCCCUCUCCUGCCCGAGCGUGACCAGUGGGCGGAGCGAGAGCGUGAAAUGGAGCGCAGGGAGAGGACCCGGGCGGAGAGGGAGUGGGACAGGGACAAGGUCCGGGACUUUGGUCCCGGAAAACCUGGAGAGGAGGCGGGCCCCAGACGAUCGCGCUCCAGAGAGAGGAAGCGCAAGGAGAGGAAGACGGACAAGAAAGAGAAAGCUGCAGAGGAAGCCCCUGCCAAACUGCUGGAUGACCUGUUCAAUAAAACCAAAGCAGCCCCUUGUAUAUACUGGCUCCCCCUCACAGAAGAGCAGUUUACACAGAGGGAAGUAGCUCGACAAGAGAGGAGGAAGGAGCGAGAGAAGAGGAGGAAGGAGCAGCAAGAGGAGGAGGAGAAGAAAAGGGAGGAAGAGCGCAAAGAUAAAAUAAAAGCAGGGAGUAGCGCAUCGGGCGAAAGAGGCGAGGGGGACAGAGACAGAGAGCGAGACAGGGAGAGGGGCAAAGACAGGGACCGAGACAGAGAGGGUGACAAACGCAGAGAAAGUAGCCACCGCAGACCAGGGGGCAACAGUGCAGGGGUGGGCAGACGCUCUCGCAGCCGCAGUGAUCCUCCACCUCGUGACAGACGACGCUAGAGGGAAUCGGUGGCUGGAACUGUCUUAAAA